UGCGCGCGCGCUUUGAAAAAGGACAGUGGCAUUUUUUACGUUGUGAAGUAAAUUCUGCUUUUGUUGUUUAAACCACAUCAGAAGCUUUUUAGUUCACUUUAACUGAUUUAUUUAGUUGAAGUGUUGUUCAUAUUAUUCACAGUCUGUGUUUUGUUCGGUAUUUACGCUUUUUUUUCACGUAUAUACAUUUGUGUAUUUGGUUGGUAUAAACCUCACAGUUUUCACGUACAUAUAUUUGUGUUGUUGAAACAAAUUAGCGCUAUGGGUCCGAAUAACAAUUGCGGACGACCGGACUGCCACUUUCCGGUGGAUGAUGGUAUGCAGUGUGACAACUGCAGCCUAUGGUUUCACAAGGUUUGCACUGGUUUGUCACCAGUAGCCUAUAAGAGAUGUUGCAUGCCGUCAUCUCCGUGGCUGUGCAAAUUUUGCAGCAACCCGUUGGAUGUCCUCAUCCAAGAGGCAGUGGGACUCCUGAUGUCCAAGAAAUUGACUAAAGACGUAGUCGAGAAGCCUGUACCAGAAAUCAUAGCCAAAAAUGGCGGUUCAGGGCAUAAUUUUAAAACCGAAGGUGUAUCGCCACCUGUAGCUCAGGGGGCAAAAGAGGCACAGAGUGCUCAAAUGUCUGUAGCGACUAAGCGCAAACGGCAAAGGAAAUCUAAAAGGGCGAGUAGUGCCAGCAUGGCAACACCAGCCUGUGAAAUGGCCACCCCAAAGCGCAGCGUGUCUAGUGCACGAAUGGCCUCUAGUUGCGGCGAAAACAAAGUGGAAGAAACUGACUCCACUUGGUUGGUGCCGUCAGGUAAGAAGCAAAAUAAACGAAGGAAAGAAACAGCAACCGAGUUCACCAACAAGGUCUCGAUGGCUGUUAGUACCAGCCAAACUCAGAAACCUACGGACUCCAGUUACAGUGUUAUCAUCUGGAAUUUGGAGGAAUCUAAGAACACAGAUCCAGCUGCCCGACAUGCAGAUGAUCUGAAGGCGGUUAGCUCCAUAAUCCGGGAAAUACUUCCCGAAAAAACAAUUGGAGUUCACGUAAGAAAAGCCAUCAGGAUCGGAAAACGAAACCCUGAUGCUACGGAAACUUCUCGACGACUACUUAAGAUAGUUUUAGGGAAUGAAACAGAGAAAAGCACCAUCCUCAACAACGCGUUCAAAAUUAACGAUAAAAGCUUAAAAAUAAGGCCUGAUUGGCCUUUAGAAGAUAGAAUCAAAAGAAGAGAAGCCGUGGCUGAACUAAAGGCCAGACUAGAGAAAGGUGAAAAAGACCUCAAGAUAUUGGGUUUUCGGGUGGUGAGGUCUCGGAAACCGAUGCUGCCGAGACCUCUCUUCAUAAGCCGGAUGAACACGUAGGUGUCUCGGUGUGCUAUACGAACGCUUGUAGUCUUAGGAAUAAACUCGCCGAAUUAGGAGAGUUAUCUGAAAGACUACAACCUGAUGUGAUUGCUAUCACUGAGACAUGGUUGUUAGUGGGUGUAGACUUAACUCCACUCAUACCUGGGUACAUCUGUAUUCGAGCAGAUAGAGUAAGUAGUCGGAAAGGUGGUGGGGUUGCUCUAUACAUCCGCGAUGACAUAGGGAUUAGGUCAACGUUGUCAGAAGCUCAUGACAGCGGUACCAGUGAGGCUGCAAGCUGCGUUAUUAAUCUGAGCAAAGGCACUUUAACGAUCGGAGUUAUUUACAGAAGUCCUGCUAGUCAAGCUGAUGACUUCGUUCUAAAUCACUUGAGGGCGUGGGGUAGUAGAAAUAGGUGUCUGGUUGUUGGCGACUUUAAUGCUCCACACAUUAACUGGGGGGAAUUAAACUCCACUAGUCUGUAUACCUGUUUCAAUAGGGAGUUCACAUUGACAGUGCUUGAAUGUGCACUCGUGCAACAUAUGCAUGCACCAACACGGUAUCACCCGGAACAUGAUCCAUCUACUCUAGAUUUGAUAUUAACACACCAGAAGGAGGACGUUGGUGACAUUAGGUGCCUUCCACCGCUUGGCAGCAGUGACCACAUAGUCAUUGCUUUUACGUUUAAGAUUCAUUCUCUCAUACACAGGUCAAAAUCUGCUCGUCCAAACAUUUGGAAAGCGGAUAUACAAGGAAUCCGGAACGCAGCAACUUCAGUUGACUGGUCAGUAGAUACAAGUCGGACUGUCGAGGAAGCUUGGGUAGGAUUUAGAAAUACACUAGAUUGUGUCACUUCACCUUUUAUACCUUGGUACACUCCUCGAAAGCUAUCGCACAAGCCACCUUGGAUUACUAGUGAAAUAAGGAGGCUAUUAAGACGGCGAAAGAACUUAUGGGACCAAUUUAUUAUGACAGGAAGGGAAAAUUUCCAGAAAGACUACCGCAAAAUUCGAAAUCUCUGUAAGUAUGCGAUUAACAAGAGUCGUAUAGAAUAUGAGAGACGGCUUGUGCUAGAUAGUGUUCACUACCCAAAAAGGCUCUUCUCGUAUAUUAAACGUAGGACUAAAACUAGCAAUGGUAUACCGUCACUCAUAAGCAUUAGUGGAGAAACGGCUGAGUCAGACGAAGGAAAGGCUGAAAACCUCUCUGAAUACUUCUGUGACGUCUUCUCGUCUGAUAGUACCACCCAGGGAUAUGGCGAGGUUACUGCCAUCGCCACUCAGAUGCCCUCAAUUGUGGUAGAGCACACAAAAGUCCUCAAACUACUGUCUAAACUGAAACCAGGUAAAUCACCGGGGCCUGAUGGACUUCACCCUAAAUUAUUAAUUUCCUUGGCGGAUAUAAUAUAUAUUCCACUCGCGGAGAUUUUCCAAAUGUCACUGACCCAGGCUAAGCUACCCAGGGACUGGAAGGAUGCCAUUAUAAGCCCUAUAUUCAAAGAGGGGGACAGGCAAUUGGUAUCUAACUACAGGCCGGUAAGUCUAACAUGCAUUAUAGCAAAGGUAAUGGAAACUAUUAUAAGGGAUCAGCUAUUAGCUUACGUUGAAACAAAUGGCUUACUGGCAGUUGAACAGCAUGGAUUCCGACCAGGACGAUCCUGCUUAACAAACUUACUGUUAGCUAGGGAAGAUUGGGUCGAGGCCAGAGAUAAAAACCUUCUGUUGGACGUGGUUUUUAUUGAUCUUAGCAAGGCAUUCGACAAAGUAUCCCACUUAGGUCUCCUUAGUAAACUUAAAGGUUUCGGACUAGACCAAUGCCUAUGUGAGUGGUUUAGGGAUUACCUAAUGGAUAGAAGGCAGAAGGUUAGGGUUAACGGUGUACUAUCAGGGUGGAAAGCAGUAUCCAGUGGAGUGCCCCAGGGAACUGUAUUAGGCCCCUUGCUAUUCCUAUUAUACGUUAAUGAGCUACCAGGGAUUCUUACUUCAUCUUCAUUGUUAUUUGCAGAUGACAUUAAGAUAUGGAAAACUGUAAACAAUAGCGAGGACAGGUCGGCCCUACAAACUGAUCUAGAUAAAUUAGCGGAGUGGUCGAACCUGUGGAGUUUGAAAAUGAAUUCUAGGAAAAGCGCAGUAAUGCACUUAGGUCAGAAGUCUUAUACGUCGUACUCCCUAGGGGACACAGAACUACCUGAUGUUAACGAACAGAAGGACCUAGGAAUCAUUGUCAGCAAUGAUUUGAAAACAACUGCAAACUGCAAUGCAGCCGCAGCUAAGGCUUUUCGAAUGCUAUGGGCACUCCGUAGGGCUUUCAAACGAUUAGAUGAGGGCAUGUUCCAAAUACUCUACGCAACAUAUGUUAGGCCUCAUCUAGAAUACUGCGUACAAGCGGCGGGUCCAUGCUUCAAAAAGGAGGCAUAUAUCCUGGAAAGAGUACAGAGAGUAGGAACGAAACUAGUUAGUGGUAUAUCACACCUUCCUUAUGAUAAGAGGAUGGAGCAUCUAAAUCUCUUUCCGUUAUCAUACCGAAGGAAGAGAGGCGACCUAAUUUUGGCUUACCGUAUACUUAAGGGUGAUUUAGGAACUGACCUUUCUAAACUUUUCUCUCCUUCUAGGAUACAUUUACGGGGUCACCGCAAAAAGGUGCUCAAACCGAGGACGAUUAAAAUACGUGCAGAAUUUAGAUUCUCUCAUAGAGUGGUCAACGACUGGAACUCCUUACCUGAUUCAGUAGUAACAGCUCCAUCGGUGAACGCUUUCAAAGAGAAGUUAGAUCUCUGCAGAGAUAUAUUUUGCAAGGAUUAACACAGGCCACAAGAGCCUUCUAUCCUUAUCAACUGAAUCUGAAUCUGAAUCUGAA